AUGGGGUAUCUCUCAAUCACAAGACAUGCGGUACCUAUUCGCGGCACGCGCCCCUUCUGGAACAGGAAGAGGCAGGACCUCGAGGCCUAUGCCUACAACCUUGGAUGUCCUGGUGCAUUCAUCACAUUCAGCCCGGCAGAUCUACACUGGCAGAGUCUCUACCAGCACAUGCCUCGAUAUGAUGAAUGGCUGGCUGCGUCCGAGUCCGAGAGGAUGGGUCUCUCGCGCCAACUUUUGCGUCAGAAUCCUCACAUUGCUGCUUUCCAUUUCUACCGCCGAUACUGCUUCUUUCGAGAUAUCGUGUUAAGCAAGAAGUUCAACAUUACGGAUUACUGGGAUCGGAACUUCAAACCCCUCUCAGCCGUUAAUAAGGCUCAGUUUCAGAAGAAGCUGAGGGACAUCAAGUAUCUGAUCAUCGAUGCGAAGAGCAUGCUGGGACUGCGACAGCUCUCUUGGAUCGAUGAUCGUCUGCGCGAGGCGUUCCCGCAUAGAAACGAGGAGUUCUUUGGUGGUCUCAACAUCCUUUUUGUUGGCGACUUCUUGCAACUUUUCCCCGUGUUGCAGAAGCCGCUUUACUACGACAAGGAGGUACAAGGAGUGGAGAUCAAAGGCAGGAACGCGUAUAGACACUUCGAUAAAUCGGUCUUCUUGAAGGUUGUGCAGCGGCAACGGGGCGACGAACAGAAGGCGUUUCGCACAGCCCUCGGGGAAUUACGGUUGCUCCAACUAUUGGUCGAGUCCUGGAAGCUCCUUUCCGGUCGGGUACAGGCAAAGCUAGAUGUCAAGAGGUCGCCGGGUUCGCCAACGCCUUGCGAGUAUACGCCACUAAGGUAG